GUAAUCACUACUAUAAGAAGUUAAACAACAGCCCCCACGGAGAUCACUAUAGCCCUUACUUUUAGCUCCCUAGCGAAUGGCAGUCUGAACUCCUGCACGCCGUCAAUAUUCUCUUCGCUAGUCGUUCCUGGGACGUAGGUUACCUUUGUCGAGGCUUAUCUUGUCCAGAACUACUCUGUCUCCCUCCCUUAUAGGGAAUAUACGUCCCACGGAGCAAUGAAUUUGCGUAACGUAACGUUUUGCGUAACGUAACGUUUUGCAAUGUCAGUAUUACUUACACUCAUCCGGGCUACGACGACAAUGUUAACAUCUAGUCAUGGCUGCCCACUAGAGAUAGCUCGUGGAAUGGUCGCCUGCAGGGCACCGGCGACGGGGGCUAUCUCGCCGGCUUGCAAGAGCGAAACGCCGCUGGCGCGAUAUAUGACGGGUACGCUAUAGCGUCCACGCAUAGCGGCCACCGGCUAAGCAAUCCCGGCGAUAGCUCCUGGAUGCUUAAGAGUCCCGGGAAUAUCGAUUGGCCGCUGGUGUACAAUUUUGCCGACUUAUCCUUGGACGAGCUCGCUAGCUACGGCAAAGCGGCGACGGUAGCAUUUUACGGCAGUCCUCCGCUAUAUUCCUAUUUCAACGGGUGCUCGACGGGUGGACGGCAGGUCCUAAUGCUCGCUUAGAGGUACCCGGAACGAGACCUGUGGAAGCGGGAAGACACUUGCGCUUCCGUUCUACAUGCGGUAGAUUAAGAAUUCCUAGCACAAUGAAGUCGGGCAUAUUAAAGUAGCUCUCGGUCUCUGGUUAUGGAUGCGCUAGGCGCGGACCAAAUACUCGCUACGAAAAUAACUCGUGGGUUCGCGAAUAACGAAACGACCUAACGCAGAGCUAAAGCCUACUAGCGAUACGGUCG